AUGCGAGACCACCCUGCGUUUUACUUUGACAGUGCCUCGAAAGAUGACCCUGCUCCACCCGAGAAGAAGUCGCCGCGGAAACGGCUGAGUGACAAGUCUGAAGAGUCGGACAAAGCCGACAAGGUGGAGAAACUGGAGAAGCCAGAAAAACCAGAGAAAAGCGAAAAGGGGGAGGAGGUGUCGGAGAAGGGACCUAGCGACGUCGCGGAAGACGCUGUGGUGGAUACCAAGGUCAGUAUCGAUCCAAACUCGCCAGUUUCCAGUGGCGCAUCUAGCGGAGCCAAAAGUGGGGUCAGCGAUGACGGAAGCAAUAACAACAACAACAGCAACAACAACAGUGAUGGCAAUGGUAACGACGAUGGCAGCUCCAAAGGUGAUAAACACUUGGUCAACACCCGGACCGGGUUGUAUACUCCGUUUUUGGCCAUCCCCAUGAAGGACCGUCCGUGCUUACCAGGGAGAUUCUGCACCAUUACUGUCACAGACACGGAAGUCAUCAAAUGUCUUCAAGAAGUUAUCGAAACCAAAGAACCCUAUUUUGUACUUUUCCAUGUGCAAGAUCCAAACGACAAAGAUGCUCAUAUUGACAUUGUCAAAAAUAAGGAGUUUGUACACCAAGUUGGAACCUUGUGUCAAAUCACCAAGGUUACCUCGUUGGAUUCAAACCGGGUGCAUAUUCUAGCAUACCCACACAAGAGAGUCAGAUUGGUGGAUUUGAGCACUCCCAAGCACAAGAAUAAAAACAUUGAGGAACAAAAGGAUUUCCCCACGGCAUAUCUCAAGAAAUAUGCUGUUUCCUAUGCGGCCGUCCAGCCGGUAGAGGACGAACCAUUUGACAAGAACAACAUCGACAUUCAGGCGCUAGUGGAAAGCGUCAAGACCUUGUGCGCUGGAUUCUCCCCCAACCCAUUAGCAGUGGAGAGCGGGAGAAAAGUGUUGAAUAACCCUUCUAUGCUUGCUGACUAUGUUGGUGGUUCAGUUUCCGGGGAUCCAAAGCAGAUUCAAGAAAUUAUGGAUAGUUUGGACGUUAAGGAGAGGUUGCAAAAGACACUCAAUUUGUUGAAAGUCGAGGUUGAUGCCGACGAAAUCAAACGCAAGGCGCAUAUGAACAUGAGAGAACGAACUGAAAAGCAGUAUGCUCAGAUGCUCAUCAAGGAGUACACCAAGGAGCUUCUUAAAGCUGCCGGUAUUGGCGAAAACUCAAAAGCAGUCAAGUUUGAUGAACGAAUAAAGCAUUUGAAGAUGCCCGAAGAGGCAUUGGAAGCGUACAAGACCGAACGCGCAAGGUUGGGGACUCAAAGCGACAUGGAACUGAAUGUCGUGGAAAGGUACCUUGACUGGCUCACUUCGAUUCCAUUCGGCAUAUACUCGAAGGACUCCUUUAAUGUGAAGAAAGCCAAGGAGAUUUUGGAUCGUGACCACUAUGGUUUAAAAGAUGUCAAAGAGAGAAUCUUGGAGUUUAUUUCAGUGGGGAAAGUUUCCGGGAAUGUCAAUGGUAAAAUAUUGUGUCUCGCGGGACCUCCAGGUACAGGUAAGACUUCCAUUGCAAAAUCCAUUGCAGAAGCAUUGAACAGGAAAUAUACCAGGAUUGCCGUUGGUGGUGUUCAAGACGUGCAUGACGUCAAGGGUCACCGCCGAACAUACGUUGCAUCAAUACCAGGUAGAAUCAUCUCUGCCUUGACUCAUGCCAAGACCUCGAACCCGCUCAUGUUGAUUGAUGAGAUUGAUAAAUUGGACACUACGGCACACGGAGGUGCAGCCAGAGCGUUUUUGGAGAUUUUGGAUCCGGAGCAGAAUAAUGCCUUUGUCGAUAACUUUAUCGAGGUGAAGGUGGACUUGUCCAAAGUCUUGUUUGUGUGCACCGCAAACUAUCUCGGUGCUAUUCCCGCGCCCUUGAGAGACCGUAUGGAGAUUAUUGAAGUCAAUGGCUAUACCAAGCACGAAAAGAUUGAAAUUGCUAUGCGGCACUUGAUCCCGGACGCGUGUAAGAAAGUUGGCUUGAGAGAAGGUCUUGUUGACAUUCCAAAGGAGACCAUUUCGCGGUUGAUUGACAAGUACUGCCGUGAGAGUGGGUUGAGACAUGUCAAGACUUUGAUUAAUAGAAUCUUUAGCAAGGCGUCAAUGAAGAUUGUGGAACAAGUUGAGGCAAAAGAACCUGAGAUCAAAAUGGAGGAGGUUGUUACUGGUGCUGAGCCUGUCGACGAGACUGCCGAGGCCACUGUCAAGCCUGUAACCGUCAACACUCUGCCUACUGAGGACACCGAGACCAAAAGCGAGACCAAAAGCGAGACCAAAACCCCAACAGCUGAAGUAGAUGAGAGCGACGCUUCAAAAGAAGUCAAAGAAAAUGUGAAGGAAGGCGGCGAAAGCGAGCCAAAGCUGGAGACGGAGACGGAGAAGGUGGAGGAAGAAACACAAAAAUUGGCUUUGCCAGAUGACAUCAAAAUUGAAGUGACUCCCGAAAACCUCAAGGACUUUGUUGGACCAGAAAUCUACACCAAAGACAGAAUCUACGAGAAGCUAAACCCUGGUGUCGCCACGGGACUAGCCUAUAACACCUCGGGCGAUGGGGAUGCGUUGUACAUUGAAUCGAUCUUGACCGAUUCGAUAAGCUCGGACCUCGGUAAUGCCGGCUUGCACGUCACGGGUUCUUUGAAGGACGUGAUGAAGGAAUCAGCCUCGAUCGCAUACUCGUUUGCUAAGCAAUACAUGGUUCGGAAAUUCCCCGAGAACAGAUUCUUUGAACAAGCACAUAUCCACGUCCACUGUCCCGGCGGCGCCAUCCCCAAGGAUGGACCAUCCGCUGGUAUCGCGUUCACAUCAUCGUUGAUCUCGUUGGCUUUGAACCGGGCCUUGCCCAACGACACCGCCAUGACGGGCGAGAUCACGCUCACGGGAAGAGUGUUGGCGAUCGGGGGGCUCCGCGAAAAGACCUUGGGUGCUAAACGCGCGGGUUACACCAAGAUCAUCUUCCCCAAGGACUGCGAGUCUCAAUUGGAGGAGAUCCCUGACGAGGUCAAGGAGGGCAUCACUUAUAUCCCCGUUGAGUGGUAUAGUGAAGUCUUUGACAAUUUGUUCGAUUUCACGCAAGAUGAGGGGAACAAAGUAUGGGCGGAGGAGUUUGCCAAGUUGGAAGAGAAGAAGAAAGCAAAGAAACAGUAA